AUGGAGAAGUGCGAGCAGCUGCUGGAUCAGAUGAACCUCUUCUACCACGACUGGACCCAGGAGCAGGACCCACCGAAGCCCUCGUCCUUCAAGGAAGGACAGCUGUGCGUGGUCUUCUGGACGGAAAUGAAGCGUUGGUGUCGAGCCGCGGUGCAGUUCCUGAUCAGCGACUCGCUGGCGCCCAGAGUGGCCUGUUUCCUUGUGGACCACGGAGAGCAGCUCAUCAUCUCUCCAGAUCGGAUCCGAGUCCUGCUGGACCGGUUCACGGAGCCGCCGUUCCGCGUCAAGAAGUUCCAGCUGGCGGGAAUCAAACCCACCACCCUGCGAGUGACCGUCCUGGAGGAGGAGGAGGCCAGGCUGGUGCCGUCGGCUCGGUGGGACAGUUCAGCCACGCUGUACCUCCUCAACCUGCUGAAAGUGUCUACGCAGACCGAGGCGGUGUUUGUGGAGACGGAGGCGGACUGCACCUCCAUCCAGCUCUACCUGACCAUCAACCAGGAGAAGGUCUGUGUGAACGACGACCUGGUCUUGAAGAAGUUUGCCUUCAGGACGGGAUCCGCAGACUGUGGCGGUUCUCCGUUCAUGCUGUGCUUCAGCACCUUAACCCAGAGAGCCUCCGCCGCCUCCAACUGGCUGCCGAAACGGGUCCCAGCGCCGCCCGGCAGACACGGUGCGACGUCCUCGUCCGUCCCUUCAGACACUUCAGAUCUCGUCCUGUGUGACUGUCGCAUCAGAUCAGUGGAGGGAGAAAUUUCCACGCCUGUUUCCAUGGAUGUGAGGAAGAGGGGGAUUGUGGUGCACUCGGCCCUCGCAGUGGAACCCUGCAGCAGCCUGGACGACGCCCCUGUUACCGACACUCUCCGCUGGAUUCUGCAGAAGGAGCAGUACAUUUUGUCCCCCACUGAUUGCUGCAGCUGGCCGGCCGUGACUCGAGGAAUCAACACGCUCAUCAUCUCCCACAAUGCCAACCGGCCCAUCAGCUACCUGUACCCGCAGCUCACCCACAUCCUGCUGGGCUCCAUGUACACCACCUGCUCCGUCAGACCCGGGCCCAUAGCGGUGCUGCUGUGUCCGGGCUGGAGGAAGGUUCAGGCGGUGUACGAGCUGCUGCAGCAGAGCAGGGUGGGCCCGGUCCUGCGCCCCAUGGCUGUGCUGCUGGGCCUGGCCAAGGAGGAGGCCAACGCCGUCAAGAUCCCCAGAAACUGCCUGCUGGUGGUGACCACUCCCUUCAGUCUGGUGCGCCUGCUGUCCUGCCACUGCUUCCUGUUCAUGAGGAUAGCCCACCUGGUUCUGGACGAGGCCGACCGGCUCUUCAGCGUGGCUCCAGACCAGAUGUCCUGCAUCCUGCAGCAUUUCCAGAAGGUGAUCUCCAGUAAAGCUACGCCUUCCGGCAGCCAGCAGCUGGUGGCCGUGGCCAAAACCUGGACCAGCCCCAUGCGGGACCUGCUGGCCCGCCACAUGCCCCAGCCCUGCAUCGUCAUCGGCGUGCCCGAGGAAGCCGUACUCUACGGCAAUGUCCAGCAGGUCAGUCUGUUGACUCAGGACAGCUGUAAGCUCUCAAUCCUGCUGGCCUUGUUGGAGCUGAAUCCCGAAGCCGGGCAGAAGACUCUGGUUGUGUGCGGCUCCCAGCAGGAGGUUGACGAUGUCUUCAAGGCUUUGAGGAGCAGAUCGCUGUUCUGCCUGAAGACACACGAGGACGGUCCACAUGAAUUGCCGCAGUGGAGGGCGGACAUGGGCCCCGGGACACACCUCAUUCUGGUGACCACUGACCAGUGUCUGAAGCACCUGGACAUCAGCGACGCCAUGAGUGUCCUCCACUACAGCUUCCCGUCCUCUCCUGGACUGUUUGGAAGGAGGAUCCUCUGCAUGGCCCAGCACUUCCCCAACCUCGCACAAGCUCAGGUGGAGAGCCGAGCCGGCGCCACCCGGUCGGUGCUGCUGGUCACGGAGAAGAGCGCCCGCCACGUGACCGGGCUGGUGCGGUUCUUGGUCCGGAGCGGAGCCCCCGUGCCCCCCGAGCUGCUGGCCUUGGCUCGGGACGCCCAGGCGGCGCGGGAAGACGAGAAGGAGCGGCGUCCUCUGUGCAGCUACCUGAAGAGCCUCGGAGUCUGCAGAGACAGCCGUGUGUGUCCCGACCGCCACAGGCUUGCUCCCGGCCUGGACCAGCCUCAGCUCCCUGCUCCAGGAUUCAUCGAGGUGCUUCCUCUGUACGUCAAGACGGCCUCGGUCUUCCUGGGCCGGAUCGUCGGCGCGUCGGAGGAGGAUUUCCAGCGGCUGUCGUCUGAGAUGGCGUGCUACUACGCCGACAGGAAGCCGGGAGCGUCGGAGCUGCUGGAGGGAGGCCUGUACGCCGUGCAGGAGGACAAACUCUUCCACAGGGUGAAGGUCCUGCGCCUGUCGCCGCCGGCCGACCGCCUCUUCUUCACCGUGCCGGUGCGCUUCCUGGACGUGGGGAAGGAGGUGGAGGUCCGGUCCCACCAGCUCCUGCAGCUGCCGGAGCGCUUCCACUCUCUGCCCGCCCAGGCCGUGGAGAUGGUGGUGUGCGGGGUCCGACCCAUCGACGGCGAGACGGACUGGUGCCCCAAGGUGACCAUACAGAUCAGCCAGAAGAUCCGAGGUCUGCAGCAUCAGGCCAGAGCGGUGCUCCGCCUGGGGAACACGCUGUUCGUUGAUCACAUGAUCCGGGUCUCGAGACUCCCCGGGUUGAAGGCCUGCAUCAACGAGUACAGCGUUCGUUCUGAGAUCCUGAAGUCCAGUAUGGCAGAGAACAACCCGGACCACCUGGACCGGCUCAGGGCUCUGCUUGAGGCCGAGCCCUCGUCCCAGAAGUGGAACAGCUCCAGAUUUCGCACCUCAGACUGGCUGACCGUCAACAUCUCGCCCCGUAAGGAAGAAGUCCCUGCAGAUGCUGCCCAGAUCAGGACUGUGCACGUUUCCAGCUCUGCUGAAACCAACUGUGACGACUCAGACAGAAGGUUCCACCCUCUGAUCCACUGGUACCAGACGCCAGACUCUGUGAUCAUCAGAGUGAAGCUCAUCAACCCCACGGAGCAGAGCUGCUGCUUCCACGCCGACAGGGUGGUGUACAGCGGCAGCGUGGCCAGCCGCUCCUACAGAGCCGACCUGCAGCUCCAGCAGCUGGUCCAGGCGGAGCGCUGCAGCUGGGAGAUGAAGUCCGGAGAACCGGUCCUGAGGCUCGUCAAGCAGCAGCAGGAGUCCUGGGACCGGCUCGUCAGCAGCAAGAACAUCUUCGUGAGCUACGACCUGGAGCACGUGGAGGAGGAUGAAGACGGCGGUAGAGACGACUCCUCCUUCCCGGAGAAGAAAGCGGGGAGCUACUGGAACGUCAGUCUGGACGACUUCAGCUGCAGCUCCACUGACGGCGACAGCGACUGA